GAUAUCCGGUUACGGCAUCGAUCAACGCUAGCUUCACACCAGUUUAGUGGACAUUUGUGGAGUUUUUUCCGGAGCGACGUUUGCUCGUCAGUCAGAGGCAAAAGUCCACAGCUCGUCCGACAAUCAGGUUUCGCCACAUCACUACAAACAUGACCAAGCACGAGUUUGAGGUGGCGAUGACGUGUGAGGGAUGCUCCGGAGCCGUUACCAGGAUUCUCACCAAACUGCCAGAUGUGAAGUUCGAGAUCGACCUUCCCAAGAAGCUGGUGUGGAUCGAGUCCGACAGAGACGUGGAGUCUCUCACCGACACCCUGAAGAAGUGCGGGAAGGAGGUCAAGUACAACGGCACCAAGUGAAGGAACACGUGCGUGGAGCAGGAAGUAAUUACUGCUGAUGCAAACAUCCAAGUUCUUUGAAGAAGCAUCUUGAGGCCCCCAGCGCCCCCCCCCCCCCCCCUCCAUCUCAUAACCACAUAAUACCCCUGUUGGGGGCAGACCUCCUGUCGCUGUGAUGUCAUCGGCACUUCGUCUUUAUUUGCAGCUCUGUGCUCUGCUCCUCUCCCGCGUGACGAGCUUCUCCUACAGUUCCAGUGUCUGUUCGUCAUGUUCAGGUUCCGCAUCGCAGACACAGAACUUUUUAACUUCAGGACCUUAAAAGCACUGUUGCUGUUUUUUUUAGCCGCUCCGGUUUGAAUAAAAAGCUGCAAAACAAACGUUAGCAUUAAAGUGAACAUUCCGAGGUCCAUCUUCACACUACACUAUCCAGUGAAACCACAAGUCGCGUUAAUCAAUCAGUUGAUCAACUGAAUGAAACGGUCUUCAUGUUGUGUUCAUGGGGAAAUAAAAUCACUUCAGCCUCA